UACGAAAGUUCAAAAUAUUGCAACAGCGGUCCUCUUCAGUGACGGUUCAAAUACUUGGCGUUUGUUGGAUGUCUUUGGUUGGUCUCUCGCAUUCUUAAGUCUUAACCCUUUUCCGCCAUGUGAGAUAGCAAGCGACACAACCACGCCAAUCGCACACACAAAUCAAUUCAUUCUCCAAUUAACGCCUCCAUUCCAGUCGAUUCGAUUCGGCUCAGCUCGUCUCGGCUCGGCUCGGCUCGAUUCGAUUUUGUACGUUGACAGGUGUUAGGGGAAUUGGAGGUGGGAUAUAGGUAGAAGAGCGUAGUUGUUUGUGUUUUCAUCUAUGUUUGGAGGUGUUAACGUUCCUGCUAAUAGUCCGCACUUGCGCAAGUCUGGGAGUAGACCUGUUGUUUAUGAUCUUGAUGAACAUGAGGUCGAAAAUGGCGGUGAGGAGGGUUUAUUGCAUCCCGUGGAGGCAGGUGAUUCAAAGGUUGGUGCAACACCCGUGAGUGCUUCUGCUGUUGCAAUGAUGCCGUCGCCCAUUUUGUUGCGGAGAUUCAAGGUACUAUUGUUCCUCAUUUGGGGCCUCAUCUGUUGCAAGAUUGGAUGGGAUUCUGUCAUGAGAAUGAGUGCAGACAAGCGGGAUUUGUUCCUUUAUGAAGCAUUUUUGUAUUUUAAUCCUCUUCUUCUAGCGGCUUUGAUGGUUUGGCUGUGGGGAAUCAACUUAUGGUUUUUUGCUCAGGGUGGAGUCAAUUAUGCAAAAAUAUUUGAUCUUGAUCAAAAUCAUCUGACUCACAGAGAAAUAUGGAAGUGUGCUACAUGGAUGACAAUUAUUGUCCCAACCAGCAUGACAGCAUAUAUUUAUCUCUAUUCUCAUGGAGAAGUAUCAUAUGCUGCAUCACAACCAGUGCUCUUAUACGCUGCUGCUGUAAUGGUUUUGAUAUUCCCCUUUGAUAUCUUUUAUUUUUCAUCUAGAUAUUACUUCUUAAAGACACUCUGGCGAAUACUUUUCCCAUUACAGGCAAUAUCAUUUGCUGAUUUUUUCUUGGCUGAUAUCUUAACUUCGAUGGCAAAGGUCUUUUCUGAUUUGGAGCGUUCUGUAUGUAGAAUGGUCCAUCGACAGGUUGCCACAAUUGCUUGGUUGGAAGCUGAUUCUGUUUGUGGCAGUCACUCUGUUGCAAUCCCUUUGGUUCUUGUUUUGCCCUAUCUUUUUCGAUUAAAUCAAUGCCUCCGGCAGUACAAAGAUACUGGAGAGAAAACUUCUCUUCUGAAUGCUUUAAAAUAUUCAACCGCAGUGCCUGUGAUUUUUCUUUCUGCACUUAAAUAUCACGUCUUCCCUGAUAGGUGGACAAACUUUUAUAGGCCUCUCUGGCUUCUGUCAGGUGUCGUGAACUCAUCAUACUCUUUCUACUGGGAUGUGUCUCGAGAUUGGGACCUAAGUGGCUUCACUCGAAUAUUCAAGUUCAACAAGCCACAUCUAUUCUCACAAAUGUUGUAUGGAAGGAGAUGGGUUUACCUCUGGGUGAUUGGAAGCAAUCUGGUUUUGCGUUGCACAUGGACAUAUAAGCUGUCUGCCCAUCUUCGUCAUAAUUACCUCACGGUGUUCGCAAUUGCUGCUUUGGAGAUUUUCCGACGCUUCCAAUGGAUCUUUUUCCGUGUUGAAAAUGAGUGGAACAAGAUGAAUUCCAAAUCACAUUCGCAUCUCCCAGUCAAAGAAAUCUCGAACGAUGAAGAGAAAUUACUUCAUCCCCGUUAACUACAGUGUAUAGGCUAGAUAACAGUAUGAUGCUCUGGCAGUAUCAUACAAGGUAUAUUUCAAAUAUUUUGACGAUAGGGGAUCUCCAUUCCGUUUUAUGAUUCCAUUGGCUUGGCUACCCCUCGAUUAUACAUGUCAUUCUUUAUUCACAAAAAGAAAAAGAAGAAAAAAAACAGUUUAUUCUUACUGGGCUCUUCAGUAGUAUCUUGUUCCAUUCUAUAACAAUUUUAUCAUGUAUAGCAAGCCUUCUGUUUAAUAGCAUCGUUUAUGCAUGGACCA